AUGAUAAAGAUAGCUGUGAAAGAAGGUGGAUCUAACCCAGACAUGAAUAUAAACUUAGCCCACAUACUGGAGCAGUGCAGAAGCAAGAACAUGCCUAAAGCAUCAGUAGAGGCCGCAAUCAAGAGUGCGGAAAAGGCCAAACCAGCGUCCCAGCACAUGUUUGAAGCCCGGGGGCCCGGCGGGUGUCUGCUGCUCAUUGAGGUCCUGACUGACAACAACUCACGCAGCCACCAGGAAAUCAAACGCCUGCUUAACAAGAAUGGAGGGAUGCUGUCAGAAGGAGCCCGUCACAACUUCAACAGGAGGGGGGUGGUGGUGGUGCCGGGCCAGAACGUCUCGACGGAGAGAGCUCUGGAGCUGGCCAUCGAGGCGGGAGCCGAAGAUGUCCAAGAGACCGAGGAUGAGGAGGAGCAGCCCCUGCUGCAGUUUAUGUGUGACAUGACGGACGUGAGAAAGGUGCGUGGCUCAUUGGAGGAGCUGGGAAUGCAGAUUACGUCUGCUGGGUUGGAGUUUGUUCCCCGCGCCCUCUCGUCUCUGGACCAGGACCAGCUGGACGCUGCUUCAACGCUACUAGAAGCCCUCAACGACUGUCCAGACGUAGUUCGUAUCUGGGACAACAUCCAGGCUGACAGCUGA